UCUCAAGAAAUUGGACUUUGUAAAAUAACCUGCACUGGGUAUUGCCGUUUUGCAAUUUGUUGACUUCAGAGACAAAAGAAAAAAAAAAAAAAAAAGGCUUGUAACUGUAUUAGUGACCCUCACAGAGAUUCAUUACAUAAAAAAAAAAAAAAAAAAAAAGGAACUCUUACAUUGAAAGAGAGAAACAAUUAAACAAAGAGAGAGAAACAAAGUCCUUGAAAGUGUUGAAUACUACAUUAUUGGCUCCACCAACUGAUCAUCGUUGAAACUGUACUGCUUUUCUAUCUGAUCAUUUUACUCACAGCUUUGUUAUUCAAUAUUCAACAAUGGCGGAAAUGCUGGUACUAUCAGCAUUGACAGAGGCGGUGAUUUCGCAAGCAAUAGAAAGAAUCUCCUACCUUCUAAUCUAUGAAGCAGCUUCUUUAGCCAGCGUCAAGGACGACGUGGAGACUCUACGGAUCGAGCUGCGGCGGAUGCAGUCCUUCUUGAGAAGCUUCGACAGCAGGCACGCGGAAUCUGCAGAUGAUAGCGUCCGCAACUGGGUGUCGGAACUCCGAAACAUCGCUUGCGAAAUCGAGGAUGUCAUCGAGAUCUUCAUCGUCAAAGCCGAGGCCUCGAUUGUCAAAGGUGGUUCUCAUCUCCGAAAGCUCCGAAAACAAAUCGACUCCAUUGAAACAAGGAUAAAGAGUAUAUUUGAGAGCAGGAGUAAUUAUGGGAUUAGGUUUGAUAGCAGAGAUCUGGCUACGGGGGGCGCAGGUCUUUCUACCGUUGAGUUGAGAAGAUCGUAUCCUGACGAUGAGGAAGAGGAGAACGAUGAGGUAACCGGAUUGGAUACCACCGUUUUGAAGACUCGGUUGUUGGAGGAGAAAGAUCAUUUAUGCGCAAUUCCCAUUGUGGGAAUGGGCGGAUUAGGUAAGACCACUCUUGCUAAGAAAGUAUACAAUGAUUGUGAUGUGAAGCAACAUUUUGAAUGUUGUGCUUGGGUUUUGAUAUCUCAAGAAUACGUGGCAAGGGAUGUUUUUUCCGAAAUCUUGAUUCAAAUUGGUUACUCUUCUCAAUCUCACUACACAAGUGUUACGGAAGAGAUUUUAGAAGCGAGAAAAAAAGAAAGAGAGCUGUUGAAAACCGUGGAAGAGGGUGAGUUAAUUGGUUUGAUUAAAAACAAGCUAAGAGGAAAGCGAUAUGUAGUGGUUCUUGAUGAUAUUUGGCGAGUUGACGAUUGGGAUUCCAUAAAAAAGAUUUUCCCUAAAGGGAAGGAGGGAAGUAAAGUUGUCUUCACCACACGCAUGAAGGAAUUGGCAUCCUAUGCCGAUCCACAUGGCUCCCCCAUCGAGCCUCCGCUUUUAAAUCUCGAAGAAAGUUGGGAGCUUUUGUACCGGAAAGCAUUCCCGAGCGACGUCUUUGGUGAGCGUGGUUGUCCGCCGGAGUUUGAGCGCAUGGGAAAAGAGAUGGUAAAGAAAUGUGGAGGACUACCACUCGCAAUUGUAGUACUUGGAGGCCUUUUAAGGAUGAAAAAUUCGGAAGAUGAAUGGAAGAAAGUUGAGAAAGAUGUGAAUGCCCACUUAAAUAGGUAUAGAUAUGGACAACAAUAUGGAGUUGAAGAGAUGUUAGCGCUAAGCUACCAUGAUUUGCCUUACUACUUGAAACCGUGCUUUCUGUAUUUGGGGAGCUUCCCAGAGGAUAUGGAGAUCCCUAGAAGAAAACUAAUUCAACUAUGGAUUGCGGAAGGCCUAGUGACGGAACCAAUCGCAACUAGAGGACAGACAAUGGAAGAAAUAGCCGAGCAAUACUUGAGAGAGUUGAUUGAUAGGUGCAUGGUUCAAGUAGGCAACAGGGACUACACCGGGGUUGGGAUAAAAACAUGUCGAGUUCACCAUGUUGUGCGUGAUUUUUGCGUGUCAAAGGCGAGGGAGGACGACUUCUCCGAGGUUAUCCGACAACAUGAGAUCAACCACAUGAUGGAAACAUCAACAAGUUGUUUCUCAAUUCAGCAAUUGACGUUGACAACAAGAACACGCCGAAUUGCCAUUCAUCCCGGGUGCAAUCUCAAUCCAACUCGAAUGCAUCCCCAUCUCCGUUCUCUGCUAUGCUUCGACGCGAUUUCAUCAUCUUCCCUGGUGCAAUACAUAAAAAGUAAGAACGUGAGAUUGCUAAGGGUGUUGGAAUUCGGGUUCAAUAGAAGCACCAUGGUCAGCAAGUGUACAGUGCCAACAGAAAUCGGCCAGUUAAUUCACUUGAGGUACUUAGGGAUAAGAGAUGCCGGUAAAGUAAAACUUCCAAGCUCCAUAGAGAACCUGAGAAAUUUAGGCACCCUGAAUCUUCGCGAAAAUGCCGAAGUAGUACUGCCGUUGGAGAUCUUGAGGCUAAAGCGACUGAAGCAUCUCUUGUUGCCUUUUCGAACAUCUUUUCCUCAUGGCUUUACUUGGGCAACUUACCUUCUUUCUGACCCUAGACAAAUCCAGACUCUCAAGUACAUAAGAUUUGGGCAAUUUCUUCUCAGGAACAAGAUGUUACGUUGCGAAUUGACGAAUCUCCGGAACUUAGGGGUGCACUUCAAAAGCAAUGAAGAAAUUAGGUUGUUCCUCUUGUCACCAAAUCUUGAACUCCGCAUGCUUCAGUCCCUGCACAUGUCUAUUCCCUCCAACGAGGGGUUUUCAAGUCUUCAGCCACUUUGUCAAUGUGUCAUUCUCUCCAAGCUAUUUUUAGACGGGAAGAUAUCGAAAACUCACGACCUCGAAUUUCUUCCGACAAGUCUUACCAAGCUGAUCUUGUGCGACUCCGGCCUCAAAGAAGACCCCAUGCCAAUUCUGGAGAAGCUUCCGAAUCUGAGGUUCCUCGGAUUGCACAACGCCUACGUCGGAAGUGAAAUCGUUUGCGGUGCCGAAGGAUUUCAAAGGCUGGAGACUCUCCAACUCUUUUCGCUGGAAGAAGUUACAAGGUGGGAAGUGGGGGAAUAUGCAAUGCCAAAUCUCAAGAGAUUGCAUAUCAAGCAUAUGCUUGAAUUGGCGAUGAUUCCAGAAGGAUUGAAAAAUAUUACUUCUCUUAGGGAACUUAAGAUUAGUGACAUGAGAAGAUCAUUUGAAGACAGGCUUAGAGUGAAAGACGGAAUUGAAGGAGUAGAUUUCUACAAAGAGCUGAUCAUGAUAAGUUUCUUGGAGAGAGACGUAAUUUUGUAGCUUGAACGAAUCUUGUAUUAUAAUUAAUUUCAAACCAGAAAAUUGUGAUUUGUAGUUA